AUGGUAAACUUUUUCCGCAAGUUCAUACAAAGUUUUGCCACGAUCGCGGCGCCCUUAUACGAACUAACGAAAGAUAAUGUCAAAUUCGAAUGGGGCUCACGACAGCAGCAUGCAUUCGACGAAUUACGGAACAAACUAAUAACCAAACCAUGCCUAGCCUUUCCCCAAGAACGUGACUUUAUUCUGCACACGGACGGCAGCCAGAUUGCAGUAGGUGCAGCGUUGUUCCAGCAGUCCGCCCACGACGAGAAAUCCUUGGUGGCGAUAGGUUAUUAUAGCAAAGCGCUAACAUUGUCCCAACAGAAGUGGAGUCCAACUCACGUGGAACUAUUCGCAAUGGUUAGUGCCCUGCGGUUCUUCAAAGCUACGAUCUAUGGCCAUCUCACCCGUAUUUUUUCAGAUCAUCGCCCACUAACCUAUCUUCUCAAGCAUAACAAAACCCACGACAAUCUGGCACGGUGGGUAGUCGAGCUACAAAGUUAUAAUAUAACCAUCGAAUAUCUGAAAGGGUCCUCCAACGUCGUGGCAGACUGUCUUUCUCGCUCUGUCACCCCUCAAACACACGUUCAGGACACUACCCCUGAAUCAGAGGACAUCGUCGAGUUUCCGGUUUGUCUCGCAGUGCAAAAUUAUCGCAUACGUUCUCUUCAACCCACUGAUUCCCCUAUCACUCCAAUCGCGAUUAAACCCUACGACGCCUUACUGGAACAAAAGCAAGAUCUUGUUUGCAACUCCAUAAUGUCGUUCCUAGAGACCGGGAAGUUCCCUGAUCAUGUCUCCGAGGCAGAUAAGGCUAGCUGGCUCAAACUAGCAGAGGAUUGCCAUAUACGUAAAAAUGGCUGCUUGUAUCAUUUAGCUAACUCCACAGCGGGGGGACACUUUAACUGGCGCAAAACCCUGGCGAAAGUCGCGCGCAAGUACUUUUGGCCACAUAUGUCUGAGCAGAUAUUUGCCCUUUCUAAAGCCUGUGAUCCCUGCCAACGCAAGCGUGCCCAAGCCCACAACCGCGAGGAGUUACUCCCGGUGGCCACUACAACCAUCUUCGACAAAGUAUACAUGGACUUGACCGGCCCCUUACACACCUCCGAGUCCGGCAAUAAGUACGUGUUGGCCAUGCUCGAUCAUUUUUCUAAGUAUGUCAUCGUAGCCCCAUUGCCUGAUUGCAGCGCAGUUACGGUAGCUCACGCAAUUAUGACCGAAUGUAUUCUUAAAUUUGGAGCUAUGACA